AUGAUAUUCAAAGAGAUUCAAUUAAGUUCAUUUUCUGAGAGAUUUGCUACGAACGGUGAAAUUUGUUGGCUGAGAUGUGAAUGUGAAAAUGAAAGUUAUAUUAGAAAAAAAGACAAAUGUAUUGAGAUUCAGCAACAAACUACUGCAACAAAUGAUCCGACGACCGUUGGAAUUGAAAAAAAUUCGACUCGUCCUCAUUCUAUUAACGAUGAAAGAAUUUAUAAAGUUGGUGAUAAAAUAAUCGAUUAUGGUUGCCGAAAAACUUUUGAAAAAUGUGGAACUAAUAUGAUAUUCAAAACUGUUUCAAAAAUACUCUUUUCUGAAUUCACAUUUUCUUUUUAUCGAUGUCUUCAAAGAUGCUCGUGUAUCAACGGUAAAUACUUUGAGAGUGACGGGCAGUGCAUGGAAAGAAAAAAGCCUCUUCUUGAUAACUCUCAUGGAAAAACCCAGACGACUAUUUCGAAUCAAAUUCUCAAUUUCGCUCGUGCUGAUAUUGCUAAUAGCGACAAUUUCUACAAGAAAUACGUAUGUUUGAUGAUGCGGGGGCGUAAAUGUGGAAUUUUUAUGACAUUCAAGGAAAUUCAGCCAAGUAAUAUACCGGAAAAUUCCUUUUUAAGCGAUGAAAUUUGUUGGUUGAGAUGCCAGUGCGAAAAUGAAAAAUAUGUUGGAAAAGGCGGUGAAUCUAGUAAAAGCGAGGAGUUCACAGCUCGAACAAGAAUGACCAGGGAAAUUGGCUUAUGCGAAAGAGGUCACUGUAGGCUUAAUGCAAGAGUGGCUGAUUCAUGUACCAAUGCGAAUAAGCCUUGUGGUCCAAACAUGAAAUUCGUAGUUACUUUUCGCUAUCCACUUGUUCAAGGAAAAAUGGACGAAAUAUGUGAUUUAUGGUGCAAACUUGACAAUGCGUUUGACGACAUAGAAGGAAUGUGCGUUUUCGCUUCUUCCGAUCGCGCAAAGGAAAUUCAUUUUUAA